CAGAGGAGCGUGUUGGCCGCUGACGGUGGUAAGAAUGGCAGAAUCAGGGGAAGCGUCGGUGGGGAGAGAAAUGGGGGAGGAGCAGGGAAAGGGCAAUGGCAAUGGCAAUUCGACGGCGGCGGGAUGGGUGGAAGAUCUGCAGAGAACAGUCAAAGAAUCGACGGACUCUGCGAUUCGCUCUGCUCGUUCUCUUCAGCAAAACUCCUCAACUCAUAUUCGCUCCUUACAGGAUUUUGUGCCACAUGCAGCAUCCCAGUUUGCAACUUAUGAAAAUGCUUUCUUUGACACAGUUAAAGGUGAGUUGAUGAAGGCAAAGGAACACCCAGCUGCAUCUAUUGGCAUUGCUUUUACGGCUGGUCUCCUUCUCAUGCGAGGCCCAAGAAGGUUUUUGUUUCGUCAAACAUUAGGUCGGCUUCAGAGUGAGGAGGCACAGUUUGUUAAGGCUGAGAACAAUGUCAAAGGGUUGAACAUUUCCGUUGAUGUAAUGAAAAAGGAGAGUGAAAAGCUGCUUGAAAGAGCAGCUCUUGCAGAGAAAGAUAUGAAACUGGGCCAUA